AGGAGCCGAUGCAAACGCCCAGGGUGGACAGUACGGAAAUGCCCUCCAGGCUGCUUGUUCUAAAGGACACGAUAAGAUUGCACAGAUGCUGCUAGAGCGAGGAGCCGAUGCCAACGCCCAGGGUGGAUACUACGGAAGUG